AUGGCUAGACCAGCAAAUUCAACAAAAACAAACCUUGAGGCUAAGCAGCGAGAUGAUCAUGGUCCAGCACUCAAAAUUAAAGCAGCCAAAAAUAGCUUCCGAAUAAGUAUCAUGUCCGGAGAAGUUCAAAAAAAUAUACUACAAAACAAGAAGUUGACAGUGAUAUAUCACACCCUCUGGUUUCAUUAUAGAAGGUCGGACUUGGACAUGAUCAUUCAAGGCAUGAGGGCUAUAUAUGCUCCCACUUCCUCCAUUUAUCUCUGCAAUCAAAUCAAGAAAGACUAUAUAUUUGGAAUAACGAGGCUAAGUGACAACGAUAUUAAAGAGUUAUGGCACCUCUCCAUACAAGUGUUAGUGUUUGAUGCAAGGAAGAAAUUAAACCCAGGUGAUACUGCAGGCAAUCGCAGUUUGUUAGAGAACAAGUUGCACCAAUAUGUCGAGAAGAAGUUGCAUGA